AUGUCAGUUCUACCGGAUGAAGUGAACAGCACCUUGGUGAAGUUGCUACAGGGCUUUGCAUCACCAGACAAUGCGAUUCGUUCGGCGGCAGAAGAUGCUUUGAAUAACAACUGGAUUACACCGGAGCACAUCGAAGUUUUGUUGAUGUUUCUAGCGGAACAAUCUGCAUAUUCUGAUGAUUUGACUACUGCAGGUUUGUCUGCAGUUUUGUUCCGUAAGCUAGCUUUGAGAGCGCCACCUUCAUCUAAGACUAUAAUCAUUGCCAAAAAUAUUACCCAUAUUUCGAAGGAAGCCUUGAAGCAAAUUAGAGAUACACUUUUGAAGGGUUUUAUCUCCCAAAGACCCAACAAUAUUAGACACAAAUUAUCUGAUGCAAUUGCAGAAUGUGCGUUAGAAGAAUUACCUGAGUGGCCUCCGUUACUCCAAACGUUAUUCGAAGCUAUCAAAAACACAGAUCCAAAUUUCAGAGAAUCUAGUUUCAGAAUUUUCUCAAGUAUGCCUCAUCUAAUCAAUUCCAUUGACAUCAACCAUGCUUUGCCUAUCUUUGAGAGUGGAUUCACGGAUCCUAGCGAUGAAGUCAAGAUUGCAGCUGUUACAGCGUUUGUUGGGUACUUCAAACAGCUUCCAAAGAAUAACUGGGCCAAACUAGGUGUUCUAUUACCAAGUCUUUUGAACAGUUUGCCAAAGUUUUUGGAUGACAGUAAAGAUGAGGCCUUGGCCGCCGUAUUCGAAUCAUUGAUCGAAUUAGUUGAGUUGGCUCCUAAACUCUUCAAAGAUAUGUUCGAUCAAAUUAUCCAAUUUGCAGAUAUGGUCAUCAAGAAUAAAGAUUUAGAACCGAGUGCCAGAACGACUGCUUUGGAGUUGUUAACUGUCUUCAGUGAAUGCGCCCCUCAGAUGUGUAAAAAUAAUCAAAAUUACGCCCAAUCAGUGGUACUUGAUACCCUUGUCAUGAUGACUGAAGUUUCCAUCGAUGAUGACCAAGCAAUCGAAUGGCAAAAUUCGAAUGAUGUAGAAGAAGAUAAUGAGGAAAAUACCUACGAUAUGGCACGUCAAGCUUUGGAUCGUGUUGCCUUGAAAUUAAACGGAAAAUACUUGGCCGCACCUUUAUUCCAAUUCUUACAACAAAUGAUCACAUCUUCUGAAUGGAGAGAGAGGUUCGCAGCAUUGAUGGCGUUAUCAUCUGCUGCAGAAGGUUGCCGUGAUGUAUUAAUGAUCGAGAUAGAUAAGAUUUUGGAAAUGGUUGUUCCACUGAUCGAUGAUCCACAUCCAAGAGUUCAAUACGGUUGCUGUAAUGUAUUGGGUCAGAUAUCCACUGAUUUCGCUCCUCUCAUUCAAAGCACUUCGCAUGAAAAAAUUUUGCCUGCUUUAAUCUCUAAGCUCACUUCAAGCUCUGUCGACAGAGUUCAGACCCAUGCAGCGGCUGCCUUGGUGAACUUCUCCGAACAAGCUACGCAAUCGAUUAUGGAACCUUACUUGGAUAGUCUUUUAACUAACUUAUUAAGCAUGUUGCAAAGUUCCAAGCUGUACGUUCAAGAACAGGCCUUAACUACUAUCGCAUUUAUCGCAGAAGCAGCCGAAAAGAAAUUCAUCAAAUACUAUGAUACAUUAAUGCCAUUAUUGAUAAACGUGUUGAGAACCGAUACAGGUACUGAAAGCAGAGUCUUGAAGGGUAAGUGUAUGGAAUGUUCUACUCUUAUUGCAUUAGCUGUGGGCAAAGAAAAGUUUGCCUCCUACUCUCAAGAAUUGAUCCAGUUAUUCAUAACUUAUCAAAAUGAAGGUAUUCAGGACGACGAUCCUCUAAAGACUUACCUUGAACAAAGUUGGAGUAGAGUUUGCAGGAUUCUUCGUGAGGAUUUUGUUCCGUUAUUGGAUGUAGUUAUUCCGCCACUACUUGAAACUGCCAAGGCUACCCAGGACGUUAGUUUAAUUGAAGAAGAGGAAGCUGCAAACUACCAACAGUAUACAGAUUGGGAUGUUGUGCAAAUUCAAGGUAAGCACAUCGCUAUUCAUACUUCAGUUUUAGAUGAUAAAGUGACUGCUAUGGAGCUUCUACAAGUUUACGCCACUGUGUUGAAAAGUUUCUUUGCAUCAUACGUUAAGGAAAUCCUUACAGAAGUUGCCGUCCCAUCUAUUGAUUUCUACUUACAUGAUGGUGUUAGAGCUCGUGGUGCUACUUUAAUUCCUGCUUUGUUUACCUCUUUGGUAUCGGCUGUAGGACAGGACAACGAUAUCGUUUUACAAUUAUGGCAAAUUGCAUCUAAUAAGCUAAUUUCUGGAAUUAUUUCUGAACCGAUGCCAGAAGUUACUAAGUCGUAUCACUAUGCUCUUGUUGAUUGUUUGGGAAUUGUCGGAAACAACGGAUUAAAUCAAGAGCAAUUGUCACAAUUUACACAAGGUGUGAACAAUAACUUAACCGACGUCUACGAAAGAACAAAAUCCCGUUACGAUCAGGAUGACGAAUACAACGAAGAUGUUGAUGACGAUCUUGAUGAGUAUACCGAUGAAGAUUUGCUUGACGAGAUUAACAAAUCUUUAGCUGCUGUUUUCAAAUCAGCAGGUGUUUCUUAUCUACAGCAGUUCCAGACUUUAUGGCCAAUAAUACAUUCAUACUUGCAGGAGACUGAGGUAUUCAUUUUAUUGUUCGCCUUGAUUGCAAUUGCUGAUAUGAUAGAAUACACUGGCGAUAACUCUGCACCUUUCAAACAGCAUUUCGUUCAGAAAAUUAAGGAGUGCCUCACAUUCCCUGAACCCUCCAUUCGCCAGGGUACUGCAUACCUACUCGGAGUAUGUGCACAAUAUGCCCCCAACACCUACUCUGACAUAUGUUUGGGAUCGUUGGAAACUUUAUUCCAAAUCGUCAACAUGCCAGAAUCCAGAUCUGAAGAUAACGUUAAUUCCUCGGAAAAUGCAUCUUGCGCCAUUGCAAAGAUCUUGAGCAGUUACGGCUCCAGCAUUCCAAACUUUGAACAGUAUACUGCCAACUGGUUGAAGACUUUCCCCGUUAUCCACGAUGAAGAAUGUGCCGCGUUCAAUUAUAGAAUGUUGGCACAAUUGAUAGACCACAAUUCGCCUGUGAUUCAAGGUAACACAGCCGAAAUCGUUGAUUAUGUGAUACAAGCCUUACAUCAAAAGUCUAUCGGUGGAAAAAAUGCUACUGCUGUGGUAGAAUCUGCAAAAAAACUACUAAGUACUAUCCCACAGGAACAAGCAUCUGCUCUACUUCAACGAUACCCACCGGAAAUCAUGCAAACCAUACACAAAUGGUUCGCUUGA